AUUGUGAAAAUUUGCUCCUAAGAAAAAUCAAAACUAAAAAACAAUAAACGCCAUUUUUGUCAGUUAAAUUUUGUUGAAGAGAAUGAAACACAGGAAAAGAGGCGAUCCAAACUAAAAUCGUGAAAAUCUGAGCAUAGGAAUUCUAUAGUACUAUACCGAUACUAAUUCGGGAUUUCUUUAUUCUCUACUAACUUUGAAGAACAAGUGGUUUUGUGGCAAUUUUUGAAGUUAAUAGGCCUGUCAAUAAAUACAUAAAGAAAGCAACAUGAGUGACUCACCAGACCAGAAUGAUCCACCAAAAGAUCCAAAAGAACUGGAAAAACUGGAAGAGGCAAAAUUAAAAGCGAAAUUCCCUAAUGCGAUGCUGGGUAGAGGGCCCAGUGGUCAUUCUGCAUUUCUGCAAAAAAGACUAGCCAAGGGACAAAAAUUCUUUGAUUCUGGCGACUAUCAAAUGGCAAAGCAGAGACCAGGCAACUUAGCUGCACCAUUUAAGGCUCCAGCUGCACCAGCAAAGUUGCCUACUGGUGAUGCUAUCCCUACUCCUGAAACCGUACCAUUAAGGAAGACUUCCAUCAUUCAGCCAAAAUACACUACACCAAGUCAGACAUCCUAGCCUUGUAUCACUAUGAAUCCACAUUACAAUUGCAAAAAGUUAAUAUUGAAGAACACAUCAUAAAAAACAUUUAUUCACUAUUUACAUACUGAAAUGUAUAGUGUAGUCUAUUUUCAUUUUAUCAUCUCAUUAAGAAUAAAACACAGACACAUUUCUAAAAUAAUUCAAAACCUUGAAGUAAUCAUACUUUUUUUAUCCACUAUUUAAUAGGACCUAAAUAAUGUCCUAUUUAAAGUGUGAUGUGUUCUUUGGUACUGAUUGCAUAAAAAUUCAAAUUUGUGAUUGGGAUCAGUUUAAUUAAAUUAGAAUUUCAUUUAUUUUCUUUAGAAAUGUGUCCAUUAGAAUCUGUACAGUUAAUAUAGUUUGUGAGAAUGAGUUAGUUAUUGAUUAUAAAUAAUCUGAUGAUUUUAGCAUUUGAAUCAUAAGCACUCAUUCUCAAAAACGAAGUUAAGUGGUAGUGCCAAUGAUGCCUGAACACUACAGCAAUGAAUAAUAUUUAACCAUGAUAUUGCAUUAGUAUCAAAGUAAGACCAUUAAGUCAGCCGAAGCAGGGUUUCUUACUUUAGGCUCUCACUGUGUGUAUGGAUAUCCACUAUGGCUUAGUUCUUGUCAUGAAAAAUGAAUUUAGUGACAUAACAAGUGUAUAUGCUUCAUUCUGCAAAAUUAAAACUGUUCUCAGCUAUGAUAGUGAACAUUAUUAGUUUUCCAGCUUUGGUCCUUAUGUUAUCUAUUAAUAUGUAUGAGUGUGAUCGUUACAUUAAGGAUAUAAUUACUUCUUUCAAAUUAGUAGUGUAAGUUCAGCUAAUGUUACAAUAGCACUAGCCUGAUUAUUACUUAGAUAGCUAUUUUUGUAUGUAUAUUCUGAAUAACUAACUGUCCUUUGUAAUGUUAAUAUUUUAAAAUCAUUCAAAAUUUGAAUAUAUAUAAUGAUUAACAUUACGAUUAGUUUUUUUGCAGCUUGGCCAUCACUGAAUGCACUACGAACAUAUUAUAUUUGUUUUUAUUAUAUCACAAGAUUUACUGUAACAUUAUGCUAUAACAUGUCAUUUUAUCAAACAUUUAGUACAUAAAUUGGAAUGUGAAAGCAUGUGAAAUAACUGAAAAUUAUUUUCAGUCCAUGUAUAUAAAAAUGCCAUAAUGAAGGUUUAUGAGAUGUAUUGAUUCACUGCUCUCUGAUGAGAUGCAUACUGUUAAUUGUAAAUUUAAAAUAUACCUUGGAAAGUCUUUCCUUUGUUAUUUAAGAUACUCAUAAUGUCAGUUGCAUCAGAGAAUCGCAUACAUAAUGCGCGAAAUACAUAAUGUGAAAUACGAAGGUGAUCGUGUAAAGAUUAAGAUGUUGAAUAAUUAGUGAUUAUUGAAAAUAAAACAGAUCUUGGGUAAAAAAAAA